AUGGCUACUACUGCAACAGGAACAACUACAGCAAUUGUAGGUGCAUUAGCAUGUCAAAAGAAUUCAUUUUUGAAAACUUUCAACACCAAAGUUGUUUCAAGUUAUGAAUUUAUUCCACCCCCAACCGCCAAAGACAAACAAAACAAAAACAACAACAAAAAGAAAGACGUGGCUGUUUCUAAAGAAUUUGGAGUUGAAUUAGAAGAUACAAUUUUAUUCCCCGAAGGUGGUGGUCAACCAUAUGAUAAGGGAACCAUCACAUUAUUACCCGAUAACACAAAAAUCAUUGAAGUUAAAUCAGUUUUAAGAGAUAAAUUAAAAGCCAUUCAUUUAGUCGAUGAAUUAAUUGAACCGGGGACUCAAGUGAGAUUAAAUGUUGAUUGGGGAAGAAGAUUAGAUAUUAUGCAACAACAUACUGGUCAACAUUUAUUAUCAGCAGUAUUUGAUACUUAUAAAUUAGAAACUUUAAGUUGGUCAAUGGGUGAAACAAAAGAUGAUAUUAAUUAUAUUGAAUUACCUCGAAAAAUUGAUAAUGAUUUAGUUGUUGAAGUUCAAAAUAAAGUUAAUCAAUUGAUUGUUGAUUCGAUUCCUAUUACAGUUGUUACAUCUGAUCAACAUGGACAUGGACAUGGACAAGAGCAUGAACAUGAACAUGAACAUGAACAUGCUGAUGUUGAUAUUUCUCAUAUCCCUGAUGAUUAUGAUUUAUCACAAGGUGGGAUAAUUAGAAUUGUUAAAAUUGGUGAAUUAGAUGCUAAUCCAUGUUGUGGAACUCAUUUAACAUCAACAGCACAAAUUCAAUCAAUUGCAUUAUUACAUCAAUCUCCAAUUAGAGGAGGUCAUUCUCGAUUAUAUUUCAUUUGUGGUGGUCGAGUAGCUAAUCAUUUACGUAAAGAACAUGAAAUUUUGAAAAAUGUAUCUACAAAUCAAUUAUCUUGUUCAAUUGAUGCUGUUGAAGAAAAAAUUGAAUUAUUAAGUUUAAAUUAUAAAAAAACCAAUUCUACAUUAAAUAAUUUAUUAAAAGAAUUAGCAUCAAUUGAAGCUAAUAAAAUUUUCCAAAAUUUUAAAACCCAUGAUAAUAACAACAGUAAAUUAGCUUAUGUAUAUCGUGCUGAUCUUCCAGAAUAUUUAACUUGGGUUCAAAAAGAAUUAACAACUUUGAUUAAUCAAGAUAAAACUGGUGAUGUUGAUUUAUCAAAUAAACAAACCCUUGUUUUAUUAAGUGGCGCUGCUCCUAAUGGUGGAACCAUUAAAAUAUUGGGUCCAAAAGCAGAAGAAUUACAAAAAGAAUUAAAAUCAAAAUUAUCAAAUUUAAAAGGUGGUGGUAAAGGAUCAUCAUUUCAAGGUAAAAUUACUAAAUUUGAAAAAGGUGAAUUAGAAGCAGUAUUGAAAUAUUUAGACUCCAUGCUAUAA